AAUUAUUAGCAACAUCGACACGAGACGAGCUCGAUCAAAAUUAGAACUUUCGGUUCCACUUGAUUGCUUUCAACAAGAAUCGAAUUUGUCGUGUGUACAUACGCAGUCGGUUGGUUUUUGUUCGUUUGAUUUUUUUUCUCGUCUGUUUCAUUGUUUUGCUUUUCGUUAUAUGGAAGAGUCCAAAGUACUCGCCUUGUUCAGGUGAGUUUAUUGAAUUCAGUUUGCAAAUAAAUUCGCCAUGGUUGUACAUUCGAACACUUUUUGCAAAUGCGGCAAUAACACAAUGACAAUGGGGAAAAAACCGGGUAAACGAAAAACUGAAUAUGUAAUCAAAACCAACAAUAAUAACAAAAAAACAGACAUUAUUUGGUGUGUUCGUUCAAUGGAUUGCACAGAGUUUUACAUGGUGCAUAAUAGAAAUGAAGCAAAAAUAUGUAAUCGCUGUGUGGCGAUCGCUUUGAUGCACCUAUAAAUUAAAUGAAAAAAAAAACAGCAACAACAGCAAUGAGUAAAGAAGAAAGGCGAAAAAAACAAUGCAACCAUGCAUUACACACUCAAUACAAGUGUAUAUAGGCAUAAAACCAUCGAUACGAUGUUUGCCGUACUGAUUGUUUUAAACUGACGUAGACGUCGUCGUCGUCGUCAGCUUCGUCGUCGUCGUCGUCGUCGUCGUCAUCGCCGUUGUCUUGCAUAUACGUAUUUGAUGUGAUUUUGAGCGAUGGCUGCUGCACCGGCCAACCGAUAAUAAUGUGUGAAUUGGCAACUGAAGGGGAUUGAAAAUAAACAAAGACUUCAUGUACUACAAUAUGUAGUUAGAAUUUCAUUACGAAUCGGACAGACGCAGAAAAAACUCGUUCAAGUGACUACCAAAAGUUUGAGUGCCAAUCAUCGUGUUCAAAAAGUUAACGAGAUAUCAUCAGUAGUUGAAUUGAAAUCAUCGAACGAAAAAAAAAACAAUAAAUUCAUCGUCAAAUGGAAUGCGAACGUAAAAAUUGCGAAUAAGAUUACGAUUGGUGCACCUAUAUACAUAUGCAGGAAGAAAUUACGUUGUGUAUUUGUGUUGUGGCAGAAAAUUCUUAAACUAAAAAAUCAAGUGGUAUUACAACGGUCGUUCAGUUUAAAAUUGGAAUUUUGCCUAAAUGGAGUGUUGCGGCCUCUUGAAUACAGGCAAGGAAAAGAAUCAAACACGUUUUACAAGCCGAUAUUGAUUCCGAGACCGUUUCAUUGAGAAAAAAAAGGGAAUUGCGGCACCGUUAACACACUACGACAAUUAUCGGCACACCGAAGAAUCGGCAAAUUCUCAAUUCUCACGAGAGUGUGUUCACUGCUUCGAGUUGAUAAUUUUCAAUUUGAUUUGAACGUGUAAACCAACACCAAUCUCGCAAGACGUAUGCUGCCUCCGUCUGCUGAUGAUGUCGGUAUUUGUGGCGUGGCUUUCUAUGUAUUUGUAUCGACUAUCAGAGACGCAAGCGAACAUAACCGCCGAGCCCGACUGUGAGUGUCGUUAUGUGCGUUCAUCCACACACAGUAAACGUGUAUUUUAGCGAUGCGAAAGACGGAGAGCUAACGAAAAAUUUUAAAUUCAUAUAGUAUUUACAAGUGCUUUCAAACUUGACGGAUCCUCUCGGUCAACAGUUUUUUUGUUUUGUUUUUCUCACAUCGUUCAUUCAGUGUAUUUGCCUCUGUUCAAUUGGAACACAAUAUUGUGCAUUACAUUUCAAAUUUUAAGUCUAUACAAAAAUCGAGAUCAUUUGACAUCGUCGUGGCUUUGUGAAUUGUUAUUUGGGGACCUUAUUCAUUUCAAUUUAAAAAAAAGUGUUCUUUCAACCGUAAAAAGCGUUUUGAAUAACAACUUUAGGUGCAACUGUACUCAAUUGCAUUCAUUGUGAUUUUAACUGUUGUUGGUGUAAUCAAAGAUAAUAACGAGCAGCACAGAUCAAAGCUGUCUGUGUCUUGAAUGAACGACGAUUUCUUCGAGAAAUUACGACAACACAUUUAUUCGUACCACUUCAAAUUCAACUGAUUUAACUGCGGAAAAGAAAAAAAUAUUUUUUUCUUCACAAUUAUAAAUUGCGAGUGCGAGUGCGUGUGUGUGUUGCUAUCUGCUCUAUAAGUGGACAAUUUAUGCGUGUUUUGUGAAUGUGAUCAUUAGAAAAUCAUUUUCUAAAUUCAUCUCUCGUCGGACGGGCUCGAUUUGCCAGCAUUGAGUUCGAGCAACGGGCAUAGUAACAACGUACAAUUCAACAUCACCAACCGCAACGAUCGCACCAACAACAUACAAAUCAACCAACUAUGUGUAGCUCAAUGUAUCGUCGAUUUCAAUAUGAAGAAGUACCUGAUGAAAACUACGAUUUGCCUUAUAACCAAAACGAAACCAACGGAGAUGCUGUUAUGAUAAAAAUGGAUGUGCCCAAUAGAGAAGAACCAAGUUUUCCGAAAGAAAAAUGGAAAACGCUAACGGCAUUUGUAAUAUUAGCUGCAAAUAUGACCUUAGCCACAGUGUCUUUAUCUCUAGUCCAUGAACGAUUACCCGAUCGAAAAGCGUAUAAACCGCUGCCGGACGUAUUUCUCGAUAAUGUACACGAGGAAGAGUGGGCCUUAAACGUUAGCGAAAUUCUAAUUAUGAUCCAAGCCAAUUGUUGUAUUGCACUAAUUACAUUUCACAAACAUCGAUUCAUUGUGAUGCGUCGUGUCUUUUUAAUCAUGUCGAUUUUAUACUUUUUGCGAUCGAUAACCAUGUAUGUCACUGUGCUACCCGUUUCGAGUACGAUAUACUAUUGUAGCCCAAAAUCGAACGGAACCAGCAUAGUCAUUGUAGCGAAACGUGUGUUCCAACUAAUGUCCGGUCUUGGUUUAUCAAUCAAUGGCAAGCACACUUAUUGUGGCGACUAUAUCUACAGUGGGCACACCGUUAUGCUAGUUCUAGGUUAUUUGGUGAUAUCGGAAUACUUGCCGCGUCGAAUCUCAUCACUGCAAUGGGUGUCAUGGACGAUGGCUGCUGUGGGCGUAUUUAUGGUGUUGCUAGCACACGGCCAUUAUACAAUCGAUGUUUUAAUUGCAUACUACAUUACAACACGCUUGUUCUGGACAUAUCACACGCUCACCAACAACGCAUUUUUGAUUAAGCACGCGGGAGCGAAUAAUUAUCUGGCGCGUGAAUGGUGGUUCAAAUGGUCACGGUACUUCGAGCAAAAUGUACGUGGUCAAGUGCCGAAUGAGUUUGAAUGGCCAUUAUCGUGGCCUCGACGAUUUCAGCCAAAAUUCCCGAAUCGUGAGAGUUAACAUUGAACCGAGCAACGCUGCCGAUGCACCACAUACACAUUGUCAGCGGCAGCAAUAUUAUCAGCUACACACUCAACAACAACACCUAACAACCAGGAAUACACACGAUAGCAUUAAGUUCAAUUUGUAAUUUAGUAAACAAAGACAAAUCGCGUAUUAUGUGGAGAAAAAAAAACCAAAACAGCAAACAAUGAAAUGAGAAAUGAUGAAUUAGCCCCAUCAUUUUUUGUCUCGAAUAAAUUUUUUUUACGUUUCGCGCAUUCAAUAUGUGAUCACACCGAUAUAUGUAUGAAACAAAAUCAUCAACUCUUUUUUCGUUUCGUUUUGUUUUUGUUGUCAAUCCUUCAUUUUCAUGCAGAUUAUUCAGAGAAAAAAAGAGAAAGAAACCAACAAAUUUGUGUAGAAUAUGAGAACAGAAUAUUCUGCAAAAGUCUGAUAAAAUCGUGAUCGACAUUCACAGUCACGUUGCAAACGAAAAAAAAAACAUAAAACAAACAAAUCAAUUGCGCAUUGUAUAUCAUUAGAUUUUAUUAGCACGUUAGAAAAAAAAAUGUGAAUAAUGUGAAAAUAGUGACAACUAUUGGGAUAGAAAUUACACCCACUUUGUACAAAAGAGAGAAAAAAACAAACAAAGAGAACACACUUCUAAUCUGUGCGACUGCUAAACAAUCAUUUACAAUGCCGUUCCGUUGCGCGAAAUGGACAUACACACAAUCAGUUCGCAUUACAGAGAUACAACUCAACGAAAUCUAAAUACUUCUAAACAAGUAAACCGAAGUUCAAUUUUGAUCUGUUCAGUAAUAUUUAUACACAUGUUUUGUUUUUGUUUUGUGUACAUCGAUGAAAAUGUCAUAAAAGUUUUGUAUUCAGUUUAGUGUUCGAUUAAUUUCCCAACUUAUCCUCAAUACAUAGACACAAACACAAUUUCUCUCUAUCUUUUGGAAAAUUAAAAAGGCGCGCUCAUUUGCACGAAAUGAAAAUGAAGAGAAUUUUUUUUUUGUAAAAAAAUUGUUGAGUGUUCAAUUGAAAAUCGAAUCGAUCGAAAGAGCGAAAUUGAGACAUAUACGGCGUGUUUGAUGAACACGGUUCGUACAUACGUACAUACGUACGUAUGGAAAGCCAAUUAUUUUAUGUUUAGUGCGACGACGAGACAGGUUUUUUGUUCAGCUCAAAGAAAAGUUGGCGCACGAAGCGAAGAGAAGAAAAGCCCAAUCUUUAAAUGAGACAAACUUUAAAAGCAUUUUUUGUAGCCUUUUGUGAAACUACUGUAUUCAAACUAGUUCACUACUUUUGUUUUGUUUGUAAGUUACAGCAGCGCGACAUAUUGUCGCCGCCUCGUUGUCAAAAAAUAAAACAGAAAAAAGAAAAGAAAA